AUGUUAGAUUCUGAGCUUUCUUACACGGUAGUUUCAAAUUGUGGUGAAUUUGUUGUGUUCCAUCUGGGUAUUGUUGGAGGCCAGGAAAGAGCUUUCUAUUCGAUCCUAGAAGCUGAGACUGUGCUGUGCACUGCCUGGAUAGGACCAGCUUCUGGCAGUUCCAUUUAUCCAGAGAAAGAAGCUAAAUUGCCUAAGGAAACAGUGUUUCCUCUUACAAGGUACGAUCUUGGCUCCUCUGCCAUGAGGGGGGCUGUUCUUGGAAAUGUACUCCAGAUUUCCUAUUUAACCAGGGUAGGAAUUGCAUUGCUGCAUACUUCCCCUGCUGAGGCCCUAUGA